AUAUCAUCAGUCACGUGACGCGUGUCGUCACUGUUGCAGGAAGUGAAGCAGUCAUGGCGACGCCAGUAGCGUUACUCACUGAAUCUGUGCUCGGAUGGUCGAUUUUUACCAUCGUUUUGCUGGUGAUUUUGGCUUUCUGCUGGGUUUAUAUUCGGAAGUAUCAGAGCCGGCAGGAGAGCGAGGUCAUCUCCACCAUCACAGCGAUAUGCGCUCUGGCCAUUGCUCUCAUCACAUCGGCUCUUCUGCCUGUGGAUAUCUUUCUAGUGUCUUUUAUGAAAACCCCCAAUGGCACAUACAAGGACUGGGCGGCAAACAACGAAACCAGACAGCAGAUUGAAAAUACAGUUUUGUAUGGCUACUACACUUUAUAUUCCAUCAUUCUUUUCGGUGUCUUCUUCUGGAUCCCCUUUGUGUACUUCUACUAUGAAGAAAAAGAAGAAGACAGCAGCAACAAGUACUCGCAAGUGAAAAAUGCAUUGAAGUACACAUUAGGAUUUGUGAUUGUAUGCGCAGCGGUGCUUUUGAUUGGGGCGUUUGUUCCCCUGGCGUCGACCCCCAACCAGAACUCCACAAGCGAGUGGGAGAAGGUGCAGUAUCUGUUUGAGGAGCUGGGCAGCAGUCAAGGCCUGGCCGCCCUGUCGUUCUCCAUCAGCUCGCUCACCUUGAUUGGCAUGCUGGCAGUGAUCACAUACACGGCUUACGGGAUGUCCGUCCUGCCACUGAACCUGAUUAAAGGCACUCGCAGCAUCCUGUACGAGCGUUUGGAGAACACCGAAGACAUGGAGGAGGUGGAGCAUCAGAUAGACAAGCUCAAAGCCAAGUGUGCAGAUGGACGUCCUCUGUCUAUGAGAGACAGGAGGAGUCUACAGGAUCUGGAAGCCAAACUUCUGGUCCUCCGUCGACGGGGGCGUCACUUGGAGAUCGCAGAGAGGAACUGCUGCAAUAAAGUGGGCUCUGCCCUUCGCCCUGUGAAGAUUUUGCUUGGGGUCUUUUUCAUCCUGGUGGCCCUUCUGUUCAUCGUGACCUUGUUUAUUUCCAAUUUGGAUAAGGCUUUACAUUCAGCUGGUAUCAGCACUGGGUUUAUCAUCUUUGGGACCAACUUAACCAACCCACUUAAUGAGCUGCUACUGGCACUGCAACCGGUAUUUCCUCUGGAUUAUGUUUUGAUCACCAUCAUCACCAUGUAUUUUGUCCUCACUUCUAUGGCUGGGAUUCGUAACAUGGGUAUCUGGUGCUUUUGGAUGCGGUUGUAUAAGAUCAGGCCUCAGAGAACCCGACCACAGGCGCUCCUCUUCCUCUGUAUGAUCCUGCUCCUCAUCGUCCUCCACACCAGCUAUAUGAUCUACAGUCUGGCUCCCCAGUAUGUGAUGUACGGCAGUCAGAAAUACCUGCUGCAGACCCCACUGCCCACAGCAGAUCCAUCACAGGGGAAUCAUUCAGCUGCCAUCACCAAGAUAUGUGACGCAGACGCUCCUGCAGACCAGUGUACAGUGACGAGGUCAUAUCUGUUCCUACACAAGUUUUGGUUCUUCAGCACCAUCUACUAUUUUGGCAACUGGGCGUUCCUUGUGGUCUUUCUUAUCGGUUUGGUUGUUUCAUGUUGUAAAGGGAAGAAAUCUGUGAUUGAAGGUGAAGUUGAUCCAGAAGACUCGGAUGUCAGUGAUGAUGAAUAUGUGCAUUAACUUCCAGUUAACUUCACCUUUACACUAAACACUGCUGUUAUUUAAAUCUAUAAAGUUGGAAUGGAAAAAUUUGUAAGUAUUUUAUUUGUCUUUCAGAGAAAUCUUCACAUUCUGUAUGUAUAAUUGAGUGUUUCAUGAUGCCAAAUAGGUUUUGUGUUCUAUGUUUAACUGAUAGUUGUGGUCUGAUCUGUUAAACUCUUUCUGCUACUGACACUCACUAGUAAGGGUGAGUAUUGCAUAUGCAUGUCAAAUUGCAUUUCUUUCUAAACUACAGUACUGUAUUACAAAAAAAAGUGUUCACUCUGAAAACCUGGAAGUUAUCUUUGAAAUUAAGCUAAGGUACGUUUUUGGUUGUUAAAAAUAGAUUCUUAUUUUGAUUAUUUAAGAUAUUUGAGAGUUUUAUGCUGUGUUUCUCUGUGAUCUAGUUUCAGUGUUUUUGAUGUUUAAUGUUCCUUUAAUCUUGGUUAAGUUACUAUUAUGAUCUUAAAAACAUCUUUCUCAUCUUCAUUUAUGUGAGAUAGACUUUUAUUUUUGAAUUGUUGAAAUUGCAGUUACAUUAAAGGGAGCUGAGACAAGACUUUAAUUGUGUAAAAAUGUAUUUAUAAUGCAGUGUUAGCCUUUUUGGGUGUUCUGUAAUGUAAUAUGAGGUUUUGAACCAGUAAUAAAGACUGAAACAGUA